AGAGGUACAGAGGUGUACGAAAUAUUGCAAUCGCGGGGGUUUCGUCGAUCGUUGACGAACGGUGAAGCAUCGUGCCGGUUGAGAAGAAGAGCGGGAAUAACGAGGAGAGUAGGGAGAAAAGGCGCGUAGGGUUGUUUGAAAGAUGUAAAAUCUUUUUGUCGGAAAAUCAACAAGUGCCUUGUUUGAAUCGGACGCGAGGCCGCCCGCCCCCCUCGUAAGGUGCGUGCUUUCUCGGCUGAGCGGGUUCGGGAAAGUUCGGCAAAACUCGGGAUGCGCGCGGCGGCGGGAGGAAAGCUCGGUGCGGAUCGUUUUCUGGUUUCUCCUAUGAGCGCUUGGUGUCAGCGUAUGCGCAGACUGGCUGCGCACUAGGCGUGUGCGUUGUCUGGAUUCUUUGUGCCAUUCUUGGCAUACCAAAAACAGAGUAACUCUUCAUAUUUACGGACGAAAUACCGUCCUAAUUUCUAGAAAAGUGCCCGCGGCGAGCGUCAACCGGCCCCCUGUGUUGUCACCGAGAAACGGCGUGUGUUUGAAAAUACUGUGUAACUGCCAGCUGCGACGGAUUACCCGCGGGAAAACAGUGCGAAUAUCAUGUCCCUCUGCUACAUAAGAGGCAAGUGCAUACAAUAAUUGAAAUUCAAGUUUUUUUUUCUUUCGUUUAUAGAGGAUUCGUUUCUUUCGUUCCCUGUAAUUUUUAUUCGUCAAUCACACGCUGAAAAACAAAAGAAAAACAACAACAGAGACGACAGAAACAAAACAUCAACAUUACACCUUGACAUGCGAAAAUCUGACGUGCCUCUGCUGUCGAUAAUGUUAUUACUGCUGUUAUUUGUGCACGCGGGAAAAGUACGCCAGUGAUUUUUUCGUUAUUUAUUUAUUUAUUCAUUAUUUCUUUCUUUCUUUCUUUUCACUUCCGUUCACCGUCUUCAAAUGUGUCCGCUUGUUUAUCCGUUGGAUCGGUUGCUUUCGUUUGGACGAUUACUGCGACUUAUAGUGACGUUGUGAGAGUGUUACACUUGUUAAUUAAACUAUAAAUAAUAACGACAACAACGGCAACAGCAACAAUAAUAAUAAUAAUAACAAUACAUUUUGGAUAAUGUUCCCACGCGUGAUAAAUUUGCGGUAAAUAAUUGAAACGAGAAAACCAAAGGGAAUAUUCAUUGCCAUUUGUGUAGAAUCAAGGAAUUUGUUGUUGCUCUUCUUCUUCCUCUUCUUCUGCUUCUUCUUCCACUCAAGCCGUUGGAUGGACGCUGUGCAUUAUUUUUGGAGUGUAUCCUCAUCGCCGUCAUCCUGACCUGCCCGAGAAAUCCUCAUGAAAGACUGGGAACUCAGUACUCAGAAUAGCAUCGGCAGUGCGGUGGCUGCAGCCGACACCAUUUCCUCGCCGUGGACCCCCGCGAGUUCCGGGCCGCCGCCCGACGCCAACGGCUCCGGCUCGGAUACGAAGAAUCUCGACGUUGGCGACAUCAGCGAUGACGAAAAGGAUUUGUCGGCAGCGGACGCGGAGGGUGUCUGGUCACCGGAUAUCGAACAGAGCUUCCAAGAGGCGUUGGCGAUUUACCCGCCAUGCGGUCGGCGCAAAAUUAUCCUCUCAGACGAAGGCAAGAUGUACGGUCGCAACGAGUUAAUAGCUCGGUACAUAAAACUGCGAACGGGAAAGACGAGAACGAGGAAACAAGUCUCGUCGCACAUCCAGGUACUCGCCAGGCGAAAACUACGGGAAAUUCAGGCAAAGCUCAAAGUGGAUCAUGCUGCGAAGGAGAAGGCAUUGCAGACAAUGUCGAGCAUGUCCAGUGCGCAGAUAGUGUCGGCUGGAUCAGCGAUACACAACAAGAUGCCCCCCGCCCUUGUGGGGCCCUUAGCCCUCCACACUUCCACCCCCGUCUCCUAUCCCGGAGCGCAAUUCUGGCAGCCUGGUUUGCAACCAGGAACAUCCCAGGAUGUCAAACCCUUCCCGCAACCGGCUUAUACCGGAAAACCGGCAACUGCGGUUUCCAGUGGAGACAUGGUUCAGGCACCACCCCCACCGCCCUGGGAGGGCAGAGCCAUCGCCACGCACAAACUUAGGCUUGUAGAAUUUUCGGCCUUCAUGGAGCAGCAGAGAGAACCAGACACCUAUCACAAACACCUAUUCGUCCACAUAGGAGGCUCCGCCACCUAUGCCGAUCCGCUGUUGGAAGCGGUAGACGUCCGACAAAUAUACGACAAGUUUCCGGAGAAAAAGGGAGGCCUCAAAGAGUUGUAUGACAAGGGACCUCAGGCGGCCUUUUUCCUUGUUAAAUUCUGGGCAGACCUCAACACCAAUAUUCAAGACGAAGCGAGGGCUUUCUACGGUGUCACGAGCCAGUAUGAAAGUAACGAAAACAUGACGAUAACAUGUUCCACGAAGGUUUGUUCCUUUGGUAAACAAGUAGUAGAAAAGGUGGAGACGGAAUAUGCUAGGUUUGAGAAUGGAAGGUUUGUGUACCGCAUUCAUCGCUCCCCCAUGUGCGAGUACAUGAUCAAUUUCAUCCAUAAGCUUAAACACCUACCUGAAAAAUACAUGAUGAACAGUGUGCUUGAAAACUUCACUAUACUUCAGGUUGUAACGAAUAGAGACACACAGGAGACGUUACUUUGUACAGCGUAUGUAUUUGAAGUGUCAACGUCCGAACAUGGCGCGCAGCAUCACAUAUACAGACUUGUCCAGGAUUAGUCUGUUUUUUUAUCUGCUCGUCACGCAGCCAUCCACCCCCAUCAGUGCCUACACCCACUACUCAUCCACACAAACAUACAUAUAAUAACACACAUUCAAUUUAAGGGGUCUCUAAAAGAGGAUGUUUUGGUCAACGAGUUACGAAGAGCUUACCUGGCCAAGCGUAUACACAAACUUUUAAAGCGGUGUUGUUGUUUUCUGAAAUUAUGUUCGAUUUUUACCCGCCACAAAUACGCGGGCAACUGUUCGACAACGUCGAAGGAUUUGAUGAGUUGAAAUUACGUUUCAUGCUCUAUUCAAUGUUCCAUUUUUGUCUUUCUGUUGGUCAAGCAACGCGCUUUACAAUUCGUUGGUUCCUGUAUAUUGCACUAAAUUCAGUGAUAUUUCCAAGCUUAGUAAUUCUUGUGCAAUAUGUUCGGAUGUUUAAUUUGAUAUCCCUUAUUGUAAAUCACAUCUUUCAAACUCAAUGGUCAUACUUUCGUAAUUUGUUAGAGAAUAUUUCAACGACACUUGUUGUUAUUGAAAAUAUUUAUUCUAAAAAGUUUUUCAACGAAAUUAUAUAUUUUUUCUCGACAUGUGUUAUGUCGCGUUCUCAAUCGGCUUGGUUAUUUCGCAUACAGUUUGAAAACAUCCUCGAAGCUUAGAAACUCCGUAAUAGAACACAAAUGCACCCAGAGACAUAGAAGCGUACUAGCCAGCCCGAGCUCGUGGUUAGUUCAAAUUUCCAGUUUGCAGUGAACCAUGAUGUUUUAACUUUAUUUUUCUAAAAAAAUGUUAUGUAUAUGUGCAAAUUUCGACAUGGUAAGUUUGAAAUAGCAUGAAGUAACAGCCAUUAUACAACACUGUUCAUUAUUCGCUUGCAAUGAAAGGUCCAAAGAGUAACAGGCUAAUAGUAACGUGCAAUAAUCAUUAUCGCUAAUAAACUAGUGACAAAAAGAAAGAAAAUCAUAGAGCGAAAGGUUACUAACAUUUUUACGAAACAUGAACAACUUCAAAAACAUAGUGAAUCCAAUUUCUCAGAAAGACCUAUAACAUGUGUAUGUGGUAUUUUGUUGAUCAAAUUCUUAACAGCAAGUGAAAAAAUGGAAAAGAAAUAUAUGUAUAUGACAAUAAAUGAUGAUGGUAUAGAGAACAUGUCGUACUGGAAUUUGGAGCAAACAAAAAACUUAGAUAUCGGAGUGGCGCAGUACCAACUUUACUUAGUAUUAUAGUUUUAUUAUUGAACUAGCUAAUAGGAGAUCAGACAAGACAUCCACACGCAAAUAACAUAUUAUAUUAUUACGAAUAAUAGUGUAUGUUGCUGAAUGAAAUAUUAUGACGAUGUUUGCGAUUUGCAUUGUUGUAAAUGGUCAUGUAUAAAGCUAUCAAAGUGAUUUUAAGUUUUAAUGGGAACGAAAGCUAAAGGGAUGCCAUUACAAAUUUAUAAAACUUCUGAUUUUUAUAAUUCUUUUUAAUAGCGGAAGGAAAAGAAAGAGAAAUAAAGUACUUUUGCACAUUUUUAUUACACUCUAUACAGAUUGUUUUUAAACUAAUACAACUUAUACUGAGAGCUUUUUUGGAGCUCCUUUAAUUUUUGAUCAUCUAGAGAGAUGCUUAUUUUGCUUUUUUUUUUUUUAGUGAAGAUUUAUUGAUUUUCGAAAGUGCACACAGUCUUUUUCAACAAUACCUGUGCAAUGCUACCCUUUUCUUUUUGGCAGCAACACGUAGAAUAGAAAUGUGUUCGUACUUGUUAUAAUCAGUCUACAUGAUAUUUCUAAGCUCCUUUUUUUCUGUAGUUUAAACACGGUUACUUUCUUACUUUAGCGUACUGUUUUCGUUUUUAACUUUAUACUACAUUUACAAAGCAAUAUUUUCUUAACACACACCCACCUGUUUUCCAGUUCUUAACAUGAUUUUGUUUCGGCAAGUUUCAGAUUUUUUCAAGUCCAGGGUUUAUUUAGGUCACCGUUAUUCAAAUGCAUUUUUCAAAACCUAAGACAAAGUAAAAUAUUAAAAAUAUAUGCCGCGUUUGUCCGUUGAAUUGUUUUGUACUUAAUCUAUGCUGCGUAAUUGUUGACGAAAAGUACUUCCAAACAUCAGAUCAAUUGCAAAGAAUGCUUUGUACCAUAUCUUGUAACAGUACUGUAGUAUUUAAGUAUUUAUCGCGUAAACCCUGGUAAUUUUUAAUGGAAAUACUGCACAACAUUUAUUGUUAGCACGAUUUUAUACGAAGCCAGUAAUCCACACUUUCGGAUGUCAAAGUAUUUCGGUGAAAAAAGAUGUAUUAAAAAUUUUUUUACUUGUUCUACUUAAACACAGUAUAUUUCGGUUUGUUGUUUAUCCUCACAUAGAACUUGCCUAUCAGCAACAAAUUUACACACAACCGAUAAAAACACAGAUUUAUUUUAAGAAUACAUUACUAUUAAUUACCGUAUCGUUACUUUAAUUAUUAUAACGAAACAAGUGGCAAUGUAUUUUGAUCUCUCUUUUAGUCAGAAAUAUGUUUUUCUUUGGUGUUAUUUUUUUUUAUUUUUUUUUUCUUCGUGUUUUCUUGGUGAAAAACAAAUUCGCUAUAUAGCUGAUCAAUGAGGAAGGAAUUUUAAUUGAAGAAAAAGAAAAUUAUGUAUUUUUAUGUUUAUUUGUACUUGCAAAUUGGCAGCUUCAGUACUUCUUAGUUAUUGUUAUUUUUAUAGUAAUUAAUUGUAAAGCAAAAAAGUUUUUGUCGCUAUCAGAUGAAAUAUGGUAUAGCAAAUUUUAGAUUUUUAUUCUAAGGCUAAAACGAUUUUACAUAUAUGAAAUUUUUUAUUCAUACCACGCAAUAUUAACGAGUGAUGUUCAAAUAAAUUUUUUUUAAUUAUGUGUGUUUUUUGUGCGGAACAAAAAUUUGAAUUGAGCAUAAAAAAAAAGAAGUACCGGCACUAAUAUUAUUAACAUUAAUGAUUUUAAAGUAAGCGAAUUACAUUUAUAAGAAAAGAUUAUGAAAAUAUAUAUUUAUCUAUGUCUUCUGUGAAGAUAGAAAAUAGUACUCUCUCACUCUAUAUUGAUGAUAUCGAAAAUCAGUAACCAGCAAAGAUACAAAAUAUGGCAGAGUAACAAUAAUUGAAAAUCAGUUCACACUGUAUACAUUAACACAUCUUAUAGCAUGUUCAGAUUUGUGAAGUAACUUGUAUAUAUUUACACGGACUCCAUCAAAAAUUCACGAUUCAACGAUUAUGUGACUUAGUUUUUUGAUCUGUAGAAUCGAACUACUCGUUUUUUCUCUGUUUAUCUGUAAUUUUUACGGAAAAGCGUACUGUUCUGCAGUGG